AUGGGAAAAAAGAAAUUGGAGGAACGCCUUCUAUUGAUAAAACAUAUCAACACAUAUGUUAAAACCCAUCAGAAGGCGUAUGCGGACUGGAAAUCUUUCACUGCCGUUCUGAGGAAUAUAAUAAAUUCUACCGAAGAGGUAUAUAGUUUGUAUUUUUCGAAAACUAAUUUUCUGCAGGCAUAUGCUGCACUGGACUUACCAAAAGAUUUUCUUUUGCCGGUUAAGAACAUUGAACAUCAGCAACAACGAAUUGUCCAUGCGGAAGCAAUAAAAAAAGCCAACAACUUAAUUAAUAAAAAACCAUGGCCUCCAAUAGAGAUAUUCAACACAGCGGCAGUUAAGCUUCUUUACCCAAACUCCAGCGCAUCUGGAAUUGGAAAGACUUUUCGCAAAAAUUUUUUGCAUUCUAAAAGUCUCCAAAUUCAGACUCUUUCGGAAAGGGCAUGUGAAGGCUUAUGCUCAGACGAAGACUUUGAUAAAACUAAAUCGGCUGCAAAUAAGGAAGGUUUGGACGAUGAUUCGGAUGAAGAAAAUGAAGUAGAGGCAGUUGCAGAAGUAUAAUUUUGUGUUAAGAUACAAACACUCUGGUCUAUUCUACGGUGGCAUACAUUACAGUCCUGUAAUUGGGGGUGUAUUUGUGGGG